UAAAAAAAUAUACAUAUAUACACCUAUUUAAAUAGUUUUAUAAGAAUUUCUAAACAAAAAUUUAUCAGAUCUUCUCGGUUGCAGAGACGUACAAAAAAUAUUGAUAUUUGUCGCAUUUCAAAAGUACACAUCAAUUAUAGAAAUUAUUUAGAAAAUAAGAAGUAAAACUCCUGGAAAGUAAAGUCUGGACAAAAGUUAAAGAUUUUAAGUCGCAAUAGAUUUUCUUAAGUGUGCCAUCGCGAUGGCUGCACCAGCAGCCUGUACGCGUUUUUCUGACAAUUACGACAUCAAAGAAGAGUUGGGAAAAGGAGCAUUCUCAAUUGUGAAAAGAUGUGUCCAAAAGUCGACUGGGUUCGAAUUUGCUGCAAAAAUUAUAAAUACAAAAAAAUUAACAGCCAGAGACUUUCAAAAACUGGAACGUGAAGCAAGGAUCUGUAGAAAGUUACACCAUCCCAACAUAGUGCGGCUACAUGACAGCAUACAGGAGGAGAACUAUCACUACCUUGUUUUUGAUCUUGUAACCGGUGGUGAACUUUUUGAAGAUAUCGUUGCACGCGAAUUUUAUUCAGAAGCUGAUGCAUCACAUUGUAUUCAACAAAUAUUGGAAUCAGUCAAUCACUGCCACCAAAAUGGUGUGGUGCAUCGAGAUCUGAAACCAGAGAAUUUACUAUUAGCUAGUAAGGCAAAGGGUGCAGCAGUGAAACUCGCUGACUUUGGUCUAGCCAUUGAAGUUCAAGGCGAUCAUCAGGCUUGGUUUGGAUUUGCCGGCACUCCAGGAUAUCUGUCGCCUGAGGUAUUAAAAAAGGAGCCCUAUGGCAAAUCGGUAGACAUAUGGGCAUGUGGAGUUAUUCUUUACAUACUUCUUGUCGGUUAUCCACCGUUUUGGGAUGAAGAUCAGCAUCGACUGUACUCGCAGAUAAAAGCAGGAGCGUAUGAUUAUCCGUCUCCAGAAUGGGAUACGGUUACUCCAGAAGCUAAAAAUCUUAUCAAUCAAAUGCUAACGGUUAAUCCAAAUAAGCGAAUAACCGCAGCUGAGGCUUUAAAACAUCCUUGGAUUUGUCAACGAGAACGUGUGGCAUCCGUUGUGCAUCGCCAAGAAACAGUUGACUGUCUCAAGAAAUUUAAUGCGCGGCGCAAACUAAAGGGAGCCAUACUUACGACCAUGUUGGCUACCAGAAAUUUUUCGAGCAGAAGUAUGAUAACUAAAAAAGGUGACGGAUCACAAGUCAAAGAGUCAACCGAUUCAUCUAGCACUACUCUUGAAGACGAUGAUAUAAAAGAAGAUAAAAAAGGAACCGUUGAUCGCAGUACCACAGUCGUAUCAAAAGAGCCUGAAGAUAUAAGGAUACUGUGUCCUGCAAAAACUUGUCAGCAAAAUACAGGAAACUCGCAAUGCUCUUCAGCAGCUAGACGACAAGAAAUAAUAAAAAUAACUGAGCAGUUGAUUGAGGCAAUUAACAGUGGCGACUUUGAUGGAUACACCAAAAUAUGUGAUCCCCAUCUAACUGCCUUUGAGCCGGAAGCAUUGGGUAACCUUGUAGAAGGAAUUGAUUUUCACAAAUUUUAUUUUGAAAAUGUUCUUGGUAAAAACUGCAAAGCUAUAAACACAACCAUUUUAAAUCCUCAUGUGCACUUACUUGGUGAAGAAGCCGCUUGUAUUGCCUAUGUCAGGCUUACACAGUACAUUGAUAAGCAAGGACAUGCACACACUCAUCAGUCCGAGGAGACGCGAGUCUGGCACAAACGCGAUAAUAAAUGGCAGAAUGUUCACUUUCAUCGAAGUGCAUCUGCCAAAAUAAGCGGAGCAACUACAUUCGAUUUCAUACCCCAAAAAUAGUGGACAUUACUUAAUAGAAUAUAAACUGUCAUUAUGCACAUGUCAAGGAAAGUGCUAUAUUUAUUUUUAGAGAUAGCAAUGGUUUAUUGCAAAUAAAGAUGCUAGUGCAAAUUUUAA